AUGACGCAGAGUCAGCGGACGACCAGAGCGCUACAAGUAACGCAGUUUCACACAGAUCGUCAUCGAGUGGGCACCGAUCACAACGUCUCCGUCCUCGCAGCUGUAUUUGGUCAGGAAAGUGAAGAUGGAAAACAAAUUCGAACGAUAUUAUUGUAUUAGUAUAAACUGGGACGAAAAGCUGCAGAAACUGCUCGCAAUAUUAAUCAGGCAUUUGGCCAAGGAACUGUGACUGAGCGUACGGCUCACCAUUGGUUUCAGAUGUUUCGUAAUGGUGACGAAAGUCUUGAAGACGCAGAGGGUCGCGGACGUCCUUCUCUGAUCGACAAUGACGAAUUAAAGGCCAUUAUCGAAUCAGAUCCACGUAAAACGUCUCGUGAGGUUGCAGAGGUACUAAAUGUUGACCAUUCAACAGUUAUUCGCCAUUUAUCAGGAAUCGGUAAAUGCAAAAAGCUUGAUAAGUGGGUACCGCAUGAGCUGAACGAAAGCCAGAGGUUUCGUCGGUUUGAGAUUUGCUCUGCUCUGCUGUUACGGAACACAAACGAUCCGUUUCUUGAUCGGAUCAUAACAUGCGAUGAAAAAUAGAUUUUAUAUGAUAAUCGACGGCGUUCUGCUCAGUGGCUAGAUCAAGAUGAAAGACCAAAACAUUUUCCGAAGCCAAAACUUCAUCAAAAAAAGGUUAUGGUCACUUGGUGGUCCAGAAGAGGGAUUAUCUACUACAAUUUUCUCAAACUUGGUGAAACUGUUACAUCAGUGAAAUACUGCCACGAAAUCGACAAAAUGCAUAAAAAGUUGAAAGAUUUAUGUCCAAUACUCGUCAAUCGAAAGGGACCUAUCCUAUUGCAUGACAACGCCCGACCACAUGUUUCACGAAUCACCGUACAGAAACUCAAUGAACUAGGAUACGAAACCCUGCCUCAUCCACCGUAUUCGUCGGACCUUUCUCCGACGGAUUAUCAUUUAUUCAAAUAUCUGGAAAUCUUUCUGCGUGAGAAGAACUUCAAAACUCAAGCAGCAGCCGAAAACGCAGUUGAAGAGUUCAUCGCCUCUAGAACACCAGAAUUCUAUAAUACUGGAAUAAACAAACUUGUACUACGUUGGCAGAAAUGUAUAGAAUCGAAUGGUUCCUAUUUUGAAUAA